UCGAGCUGCGUGCGCCUCAUGUUUGGCUGCUGACCCAAGCAGAAGGAGAAGCAAAACUUUUUGCAGCCGCAGGAAUCGAAAGCAGUGGGAAAGGAAUAGCGUCCUCUCGCUGCUGCCCCACCGCUGGUGCAAUACGGCAGAGACCAUCACGGGCUCACCGUCCGCCAGUCAGCAACAGAUCAAUGUUCUGCCCGCCUUUGCUGUAAGAUACUUUGCAGAGGGGCACGAUGAGCAAGAGACUGGUCGCUGCCCCGCGGAGUUCACAAUCAAUCUAAACUGCAGCCAGUCGAGGAAAUCGAAACUCCACUAGUUAAACUGGCAAGUGGACUCUGGAGCAGCUGCCAUGGCCUCAGUCCGGGAGGUGUCCAGCAUUGCUGAGGAGCUGCUGUGCCCCAUCUGCCUCUCCAUCUUCCAGGACCCCCGCAUGCUGGUCUGUGGCCAUAAUUUCUGCCUCUCUUGCAUAGAGAGCUGUGUGAUCUCCAAGGGGCAACAUCAAGGGACGUGCCCCGAGUGCCGCACCCCCUUCAGCCUGCAAGAUGUUGCAUGCAACAGGGUCCUGGCCAACCUGUCCGAGAAGGCCCGGCUCCUCAAGCUGGAGGAGGGUCCUCCAUCCAGCCGGUAUUUUUGUGAGGAACACGAGGAGCCGCUCAAACUCUUCUGCAGUCAGGACGAGGCCCCUAUCUGUGUGAUCUGCCGGGACCUUCCUCAGCAUCAGGGUCAUAGCUUUUUGCCUUUCAAGAAUGCUGUGAAAACUUAUCAGGAAAAACUGAAGGCAUCUCAGGAGCCCCUGGAGGAUGGCGUGAAAUGGGCCACGACUACUCAGUUCCGUCAGCUGAAGGCGAUAGAAGAACUGGAGGGCCUAAGCCAACAUCUGUGCGGCUGCAUCUUCAUUGCGUUUGAGGAGCUCCGCGAACUCCUGAACGAGAGGGAGCAAAGCAUGCUGGGAACGGUGAAACAAAUGAAGGAAGACAACCUGGCCGAAAUGGAAGGGAGGCUGGAGUAUCUGAAGGCCUACGAGUCAUCUCACGCUGAGACCAUUUCCAGCAUCCAAGCUGCGCUGGACGAAACCAACGAAUUUGCUUUCCUGAAGGGAAUCAAGGAACUGAUGGGACGUAUCCAGGAGUGCCGAAACAAAGACAACCAUGGAGCAAGCAAGGAUCCGAGCGAGAAAAGCCAGGGGCCCCAGGAAGGCGAAGAGGCAAAUGAAAAGUGGGCCAGAGGCCAAAGGGACCAAGCUGCCGGCGAUGGCGGGGAAACGUAUGAAGAAGCUGAGAAAGAUGAAGAUGGAGCCAUCGUGCCCGUGGACCCAGGCCUUGGAGUGCUGGAAGAGUCACUUGAUUUUGAGGCCUGGAAGGACAUGUUGAGAAGCAUCGGCAUUGGGGAGACCUAUGACCCAGACUCGCUCUAUUGCUCCUCACCGCUGGAGGAAGACGUGCUCCAGUCUGAAGGAAGCGAGAACUCCGAGGAGGAGACCGGGGAAGUAGCGGAAGCAGAUUUGGAAGACUCGGCCGGCGCUGUGGAAGUCGGCUCCUCAGCCCCAGGCAAAGGCUCCUCGGGUAGACGGAGCAGCGGCUCAAACGCCACUCCAACCGUGGGAGGGCCGCCGUAUCGACCGCCCCUGGUCUUCUCCCGCUUCCCAAUGCCACUCUACCCAAGGCCUUCCCUUUUCGGUAAGGCACCCGUGCAAGGCUGGGGGAUGCCCUGUAAAUGGACGCCUCAGUCCCAGUGGGUGCGCCGUGGCACGUGGCAAGGCAGGGGGAUUCUGCAGAGGCCGCCCUUUUUCUUCAGACGGGGGCAAGGCUGGGGGUACCCUCGAAACCCACAGAUGUUCCAACCCAGUUAUAGCAGCGCCUCACAUCCGGAGGGCUGGAGAACCCUGAGAAAAGAGCCCCCCAAACCCGGAGAGGCUCAUGUCACGCAAGGAGGGUCCAUUUCCAGUAAGCAGAGAGCCCCUGGGGAAAGCGGAGCGGGAGCCGAAAGGAAAGAGCCUCCAGGGAAAGGGAGAGGGGGGGCUCAUAAGCAGAGGCCCCAGUCCGGUGGGGGAUACAACCUGAGUCAAAGCGGAGCAGCGUCGACGAAGAAAGAGCCGCCCAGACCCAGGGAGGCUCAUGCUGCAGGGCCAGGAGCCUCAGGAGAAGGCCAGGGGCCUGCGCAGAGACCGCCAACACCCCACAGAGGGGGGGACGCCUCCGCAGGAAGCAAGGGGGCCCAGAACAAGCACCGUGGAGGCCGUGGCCGUGGUCAGGGCUCUGGCUCGGCAAAGGGCCCCCGGAAUAAAUAGCCGCCCUCUUUCAGAAAGGGAUGUAUUUCAUUGCUGAGGGAAGGGACUUUUCUAAGCAGCGUGAUGGAAGGAGUAAGCACCAAGAGACCUUGGACCCAGGAGGGUCCCUCCUUUUCUUAAAAAAAGAAAGAAAAAAGAUCUUAGGAAAAAAUGGCAGAGGGGUUCCUGCACAAAACUUCCAAUGAUGAGAAUUUGUCCCAUACCAUGACUAGCAAAAGCAGAUUGAAUUAAGCAAAAUAGUGAGUGUGCACAAUAUGUACAAAUUGCAGAAUUCCACUUCUCUAGGUGCACAGUUUGAGUUGUGUGUGUGUGUGUGUGUGUGUGUGUGUAUGUGUAUCACAGCUUUUUGUAUAACAGACGAGGGGGAGGCAGGCAUUAUUGCUGCCCUGCAAGUAAAUCCCACCCACCCCCAGCCCAUUGGUGGAGAUGCUGUGAUGUCACAUAAUAUUCACACAUGUUCUAACUCAGUAAGGAGAAUGGGGGAUUGCAAGAGCGCCCAGUUACAUUGCGUUUGCACUCUGGUCUGUGUUGCCGAGAGUACAGUGACAGGAGUCCCUUUCACCCAGCUUGCCUUGGUGGUUGGGGCACACGGCACAGGAAAGGACCCAUUUCCCGCUGCAGGCCGUCUUCGUUUCCUGAGGAUGCCGCUGAGUCAAAUGUGGAGGCUGGAGGCCUUCACUUCUUUUGAAGCAAUCCAAGUGCUGCUAUGAAAACGAGUUACUUUCGUAUUGGCUCAGACAGGGGUUAUGGCCUCAUGAUAAUGCUGAGAUGAUAAUUUCCUAAUCACGCUGGGACAAAUGUAUGAUAUACCAGGGGUGUCAACCCUCUUUCAGCCCAAGAGCCAAAUUCAGUUUAGUGUGAACUCCUGAGGGGCCGUGUUCCAGAGAUGGGGAGGGCUGAAGGCAACGGUGGGCAGAAUCUCUCUCUAAAUACCAGCGUAUUUUAGUUCAAAGCACUUACUGCCAGUAACAGAGGUUCAGGGGAGACUUUUCAACAUUUUUGAAUAGGGAAAAGACCGCAAAAGCCUGGAAACCACUCAACAAUUGGGGGA